CUGCUUCUGUGGCUGUCUCCUCAUGGACUUUGGUGGCGAUAUCCUGCGAGCGCUACUACGCCAUAUGCCAUCCGCUCAGUUCCCGCCAAUGGCAAACAAUAAAUCAUGCCUAUCGAAUCAUCGGCUUCAUUUGGUUUGGCAGUAUUGUGUGUAUGACUCCGAUAGCAAUAUUUAGUCAGUUGAUGCCUACCAGCCGUCAGGGCCUUCGAAAAUGCCGCGAGCAAUGGCCAGCCGACAGCCUCGCCUACGAACGUUCAUAUAAUAUAUUCUUAGAUUUGGUUUUACUAGUGCUGCCCCUGCUGAUACUCAGUUUUGCAUACAUUCUGAUUACGCGCACCCUGUAUGUGGGUAUGAAAAAUGAACGUGCCAUGAUUUUCGGCAGUGUAGCAUCAACAGCACCAGGUGGUGGCAGCGGAAGUAGCAAAUUGGGCAAUGAGGUGGAUGCUUUAACCACAGCCUUGGUGCCGAGCACAACAGCUGGCGCAAAAACUACGACACGAUUUCAAUUCAACGUAUCGUUUCCUGUACGUGGAUGUAGUGCUAGUGGAAUCGUUGCAUGUGCUGAAUUGGAUGCACAAGAACAACAUAAUUGUGCGAAGAAAUCAAAAUCACAGAGUCGGCAGUCACAACAGCAGCUAUUACAAGAACAGCAAAAGCAACUUACAGAGCAACGUUCACAAUGUUACGGGCCAGGUGGUGGCAGCGGAAGUAGCAAAUUGGGCAAUGAGGUGGAUGCUUUAACCACAGCCUUGGUGCCGAGCACAACAGCUGGCGCAAAAACUACGACACGAUUUCAAUUCAACGUAUCGUUUCCUGUACGUGGAUGUAGUGCUAGUGGAAUCGUGGCAUGUGCUGAAUUGGAUGCACAAGAACAACAUAAUUGUGCGAAGAAAUCAAAAUCACAGAGUCUGCAGUCACAACAGCAGCUAUUACAAGAACAGCAAAAGCAACUUACAGAGCAACGUUCACAAUGUUACGGAAAANGGCAGUCACAACAGCAGCUAUUACAAGAACAGCAAAAGCAACUUACAGAGCAACGUUCACAAUGUUACGAUGACAUCGUCCCAACGCAUUCGAUGCCAACAACAACGGCAAAUCAUAAACGUAAACUACUCACGGCGACAGACGAACGUCGUCAUUUGUAUUGCAUGGAAGCCGGUUCGAUGAAAUCACUAAAUCACAAUAAUAAUGAUCGGAAUGGGAGAAUGGGUGCCAGCAGUGGUAGCAGCACAUCACCAUCUGCCUCGAUGACUGUGAUUAAUGUGCCACAGCAGCAUCGUUUCAAGUUGAACCAACAGCGGCAACAACAACAGCUACAAUUAUAUAUAGAGCAGGAUAUGGAACGAAGUAAAUCAACAUCAACACCAAGUCUGCGGUUACACGACACCGCAUUAAGGAGAUCCAAUAAAACCAAAAGUCUGGAGAGUAAGAAACGCGUUAUCAAAAUGCUAUUUGUGCUUGUGUUGGAGUUCUUCAUCUGUUGGACACCGUUAUAUGUUAUCAACACGGUGGCGAUGUUCAUAGGCCCAGCUAUCUACGAAUAUGUGGACUACACGUCGAUUUCGUUUUUUCAAUUGCUCGCCUACUCCAGCAGCUGUUGUAAUCCAAUUACCUACUGCUUCAUGAAUGCGGGAUUUCGACGCGCCUUCCUCGACACCUUCAAAGGCAUACAACUAAACGGUGGUUUAUUUCGGCGCAAGAACUCAUCGAAUCAGUCGGUGGCGGGAAACUCAAUUAUAAUGGCCAACAGCGGCACCAUGUUGACCACAAACAGUGUGUUGGACAGUCCGCGGCUCUGA